GUGACUCGUUAGCGGCGAUGUCGCUGACGAACCCUUUCUUGUUCUACGUACAGGCAUGCUUGCUGUCGACGCUGCUUCCCCAAGGAUCCUUGGCUCUGGGCCUAUCUACGGUACCGCAAGCUUCGUUAAUGAGAGCGCCUUUGAUACCGGCGUUCGUUGUCUCGCCAUCACAUCACGGAACGCGUGCCUGCACCAGCGCUGACAGAGCUCGGAUAUCAAGCGUCAUCCUAUGGAAGUGCCCAUCUUCACCGGCCUUGGAGGACGUCGCCCUCAUCGAGAAUCCUGCGUCGAUUCAGCCGCACCUAGCGCGACCAUCGACUGCGACAGCCACGUCAAUUGCUACAAAAGCAGCGCAUGGUGUGGCCUACGCCAGUGGGCACGGUGACUCGUUAGCGGCGAUGUCGCUGACGAACCCUUUCUUGUUCUACGUACAGGUAAGAUAUCAGUAUUCUAUACACUCUAGACGAAGUAAUAACCUAUGGCUUCUCGAGUUACCGUGCCCACGGUCAUCGCGCUUUUUUUGUUCUUUGUGCUCUUUGUAUUACUGGUUGUGUACACAUGCGAUGCUUGUCCUACAUUCCGCUGAUACAUUAAAACUUCUCUUGUUACGCUCCGGUGACGUCGAGGCGAAUCCGGGACCUAUGUCUAUCGAUCAGGCCAAGCAGUUUAACGACAUGUUCAAACUCUUGCAAGAUGUAAAUGAACGUACGGUCAAGAUUGACCAAGGCCAAGCUAACCUAAUUAAGUCUAUUAACGAGUUAAAAAGUAAGCAAGAAUCCGUCGAACUAAAGGUUACCGACAUCCAAAAUCGGCUCGAAGGCGUUGAGUGCAAAGUAGCAACUUUCGAUGCAACCCGGGAAGAACUCUUGGCUGCCGAGGGAUUAAUGCAGUCUGUUAUUAAGGACAACCAAAGACUGCACGAGCGCCUGAACGAUAUUGAGGACCGCUCAAGAAGGAGCAAUAUUAUCUUUCACGGUAUUGAAGAUUCCACCUCUGAAUCUUGGGAACAGUCUAAAGUAAAAAUAUUAGAUAGGUUAUCUACUUCACUUAGUCUGCAAGUUUCUGACGAAUGCGUUGAACGUGCUCACAGGCUUGGCUCGUACGCAGUCGGAGGAUGCAGGCCACUGAUUGUCAAGUUCUCUUCUUUCAAAACAAAACAAACAAUUUUGCAAUCACGACCUAAGCUUAAAGCCUGCGGUAUAACGGCUAAUGAAGAUUUUUCUCCGGCUACGCGCCUAGCAAGACAGAAACUUUUUGAUUUUGGAAAAUUACAAAAGAGCGUCUUCCAACUGCGCUACAAUAAGCUUUACGUGAACAAUAAAUGUUUCAUGUAUGAAAAUGCGAACGACAGGGUGUAUGAAGUUGGAAAUGACAGAAGGCCGGGCAAGAGCAAUUCAAAUACAAGAAGCCCUGGAGGCGAUAAUAAUCAACCUUCCUCAUCGUUGCAAAAUAACGUGGCACCAAACUUAAAUGCCCACGCAGCAUCUGCCCGAUCUGCCUUGCCCUAA